AGAGAAUAAUAACUUUCGAAUUUUUUGAUUAUAAUUCUGACAAGAAACUAUUGAAAGGAAUGAGUCAAACCACUCGUCUUGGUCAAGUAAAGUUGCUGACUCAGAUGUUCUGACAAUAAAUAUCAAGAUGACAGAAACACACGAUUCGUUUCCCCUCGGAAUACAAACCAUUAUCAAUGGUCUUCACCGUGAUAACAGCAACAAAAAGAAGGACUCGCUAGCCCUACACACCAACAGUGUGCAUUAUGGUAACACGCAUAAAAAGAAAAGUUGUGGCAGUAUCCACCACUAUGAUAACAAUUCCAAAAAGAAGAGUUUCAGUUCACGCGGUGGCAGUGUUCACAACGGUAACGCUCAAAGAAAGAAAAGUCUGAGUGCCGUCGUGGCGCGUUGCGGUAACGCGUGGCGCGACAACGCUCUCAAAAACAAGCAAACAACUUUGAUUGGAAGACCGUCGAGGUGCGGCAGCGUCUUUAAAAUAAGUUCGAAAGACGCGCCCAGACCAUCACUCUGGGCAGAGUUUGUGAAGCUUUAUAAACGAAGGUAUGUGAUGAUGCUGAUAUUUGCUAUUUGCUCCAUGAUGAACGCUAUUCCUCAAUUCCAAUACACAGUUGUGGUUGAUGUGAUUGCGUGUUAUUACCAUGUAAGCAUAGAUACUGUCAACUUAACACCAGUUCUGUACAUGGCUGUGUUUUUGCCAUUAGUGUUUCCAGUUAUGUAUUUAAUCGACAAGAAAGGACUGAAAGUCACGCUGGUUCUUGGAGCUUCGAUGAAUUUCAUUGGUUCUGUAUUUCAGUGUGUUUCAUUCGCCCCCAAUCAUUUCACUUUUGUUUUGGUUUCUGCGGCAUUUUUUGCAGUUGGACAAGUCCUCCUCCUCAGUCUUCCCCCGAUCAUUGCUGGCACGUGGUUCGGUGCCACUGAAGUCGGUUUGGCGUGUGCCAUGGGAGUUUUUGGAAAUCAGUUCGGCAUUGCUUUAGGUUUUAUCGUCCCUCCAUUAGUAAUGUCUAACAACUGUACAGACGUGGUUGAUAUAGCCUAUGAAAUGGCCCUUGAGGUUUACCCGAUGGCAGCUAUAAAUGGGAUUAUAUUGCUCCUUUCUAUUUUCGUUUUCGAAGCUGCUCCAAAAAAAUUCCCAAGUAUAGCUCAAGCUGGGAAAGAACCACCAGACGGCUAUUUGCAAGCUUUGAAAGCACUCAUUACGAACUUUAACUUUGUAUUUCUUCUUUGUGCAUAUGGAUUGAUUGUUGGUACCUAUUUUGCGAUGUCUACAUUGCUGAAUGAAAUGGUGCUGAUACAUUUUCCAGAUGAUGAAGCGUAUGUUGGAUGGUUAGGAGCAAUUAUGGUAAUAGCAGGAAUGGUUGGAUCUGUUAUUUUUGGUGCUUUUCUCGACAGAACGCACAGAUACAAAUCAACUUCUUUGGUGAUAUUCGGAUUAAGUACACUGUGCAUGAUUUGUUAUACUUUUGCAAUUGCAUAUUGUAAGCAUAUUGGUAUUCAGUUUUCACUAUUCACGCUGCUUGGAUUUUUGAUGACUGGUUACUUACCCGUUGGUUUUGAUUUCGGCGUUGAGAUAACUUAUCCAAUACCAGAAGCAAUGUCUGGAAGUUUGCUCAAUGCCUCAAUACAGAUCUUUAGCAUUAUAUUAACAAACAUCGCAUCUAGUUUACUGCAGGCUUACGGAGAUUUUUCAUCAAAUAUUUUCUUUUCUACCACCCUAGCCAUAGGGAUUAUUUUUAUAGCGAUAGCAAAGUGUGAAUUGAAAAGAACAAGUGCAGAAACGGAAGAAGACAUGAUACCUUAAAUAAGACAAGUUCAAUUGGGGAUCUUCGUGUGCUAUUUUCCGUGUUGUCAAGAGGACCCUCGGCAAAGCUAACUAUAGUUCGUUCACCAGGAGUUGUCACUUGGCUCCGCCUUCAUCACGUGGUAUCCGACGAUAUUAUUUCGCUAUUUCUAGGAGAAGGAUGUGAUCAAUACUGAACAAAGUUGCUAUUUGGCAAUCAUUAUGACAAAAAUAUUUAUUUCGCAAUCUUUAUGUGCAUUUUUGUCUUGUUAAAUAUUUCAUAAAUUUGA